UGCUGGGGGUGGGUGAGAGGAGGGGCCGAGAAGGACCCUGUCCAGGCAGUCUGUGUUGCUGUUUUUGUACCUGAGGGGCCUCCUUUCUCCGUCAUCCCUGGACGGCCGCGGUGUCGAGGGGGCAGUCCCUGGGGACACCUCGGCACGCAGCGGACAUGCCUCUCUUUGCCACCAAUCCCUUCGACCAGGAUGUUGAGAAAGCAACUAGUGAGAUGAAUACUGCUGAGGACUGGGGCCUCAUCUUGGAUAUUUGUGAUAAGGUGGGCCAAUCUCGUACUGGACCUAAAGACUGUCUUCGUUCUAUUAUGAGAAGAGUGAACCAUAAAGACCCCCAUGUUGCUAUGCAAGCUUUAACUCUUCUAGGAGCAUGUGUAUCAAACUGUGGCAAAAUUUUUCACUUAGAAGUAUGUUCAAGAGAUUUUGCUAGUGAAGUAAGCAACGUAUUAAAUAAGGGUCAUCCUAAAGUAUGUGAAAAAUUAAAGGCUCUUAUGGUUGAAUGGACAGAUGAAUUUAAGAAUGAUCCACAGCUUAGUCUGAUCUCGGCGAUGAUUAAGAACCUUAAGGAACAAGGUGUUACAUUCCCAGCUAUUGGCUCUCAGGCUGCAGAACAAGCGAAAGCAAGCCCAGCUCUGGUAGCCAAAGACCCUGGCACUGUGGCUAACAAAAAGGAAGAAGAAGAUUUAGCAAAAGCUAUUGAGUUAUCUCUCAAGGAGCAAAGACAGCAGUCAACUGCCCUUUCCACUUUAUACCCAAGCACGUCUAAUCUCUUAACUAACCACCAACAUGAAGGUAGAAAAGUUCGUGCUAUAUAUGACUUUGAAGCUGCUGAGGAUAAUGAACUGACUUUUAAAGCUGGAGAAGUUAUUACAGUUCUUGAUGACAGUGAUCCCAACUGGUGGAAAGGUGAAACCCAUCAAGGAAUAGGGCUUUUUCCUUCUAAUUUUGUGACUGCAGAUCUGACUGCUGAACCAGAAAUGAUUAAAACAGAGAAGAAGACAGUACAAUUCAGUGAUGAUGUUCAGAUAGAAACAAUAGAGCCAGAACCAGAACCAGCCUUUAUUGAUGAGGAUAAAAUGGACCAGUUGUUACAGAUGUUGCAAAGUACAGAUCCCAGUGAUAAUCAGCCAGACUUGCCAGAGCUACUUCAUCUUGAAGCGAUGUGUCACCAGAUGGGACCUCUCAUUGAUGAAAAGCUGGAAGAUAUUGAUAGAAAACAUUCAGAACUCUCAGAACUAAAUGUGAAGGUGAUGGAAGCUCUUUCACUGUAUACGAAGUUAAUGAAUGAAGAUCCAAUGUAUUCUAUGUAUGCAAAAUUACAGAAUCAGCAGUAUUAUAUGCAGUCAUCUGGUGUUUCUGGUUCCCAGGUAUAUCCAGGACCUGCUCAAAGUGGUACCUACCUGGUUACAGGGAGUGCACAGAUGAGCCAUCUCCAGAGCUACAGUCUGCCCCCAGAGCAGCUUUCUUCCAUCAGCCAAGGAGCAGUUCCACCCUCUGCAAACUCUGCUCUUCCUAGUCAGCAGACCCAGGCUUCUUACCCAAAUGCAAUGGUUAGUUCUGUUCAAGGAAACUCAUAUCCCAGUCAGGCUUCAAUAUAUAGUCCUGCUGCUGCUGCCGCUGUUGCUGCUGCCGCCGUACCUGUACCUGUACCUAUACCUGCUGCUGUAUCUGUGCCUGCUGAUGUCACCAUAUACCAGAACGCAGGACCUAAUAUGUCCCAGGUGCCAAACUAUACCUUAACAUCAUCAACCCUGCCUCAAGCAGGAGGCAGCCAACAACCACCUCAGCCACAGCAAGCAUAUUCUCAGAAGGCUCUCCUAUAGGACUUGAUGUUCCUUUUGGUGGCAUGUUUCUGCUGAAUGCCAUUGACAAUGUUAGGAGAUUCGUUAACAUCCUAAGAUUUGUUUUUCCUCAGCUUAUAGGAAUCUGUCUUGGUCAACAAGUUCAUAUACUCAAGAGGGUAGAACUGUCUUCAAUUUGCACUGACUUUUUAGAGGUCUACCCCUCCCCCAGAAGAAUGAAACUACUUACAACAUUAUUUCCUUUCGUAAUAUGAAGAAUUGUUACAAGAUUAUUGUCUUGUAAAAUUACCUGGUCUGCAACACUCAAAAGUUCAAAAACUGCUAUGGCAAAUGUUAUGUACAUAUAUUGACAUGUAACUUCAUUAGUGACCAUUUCAAUUACAGUGGUGAUCAUGUGAAUAUAUUUAACACUGUGUUAAAUUAAUUUACAUUGCUGUUUUAUUUUAAUCAUGAACAACUACCAUGUUUGCUAAUGUUUUGUGUAAAUUUAAGAUAAGUACACUAUCUUUUUAAGCUGCAAGAGAACCAAGUUGUAGCACAUUGACCCGAAGAAGGCAUUGUCUUGUAGUGUCACAUGAAAUCGAACCUUUCUUUCACUAAUUGUGAGCGAAGCCUAUGUAUGUUAUGUCUUUCUGUAGCUUUUGCCCACUAUUGGCUGUCAUCAUACCAGCUUACAGUAGCCACAUUUUUGGUGCAGUUAGAGGAGAAUAAUGUUCCCUUUAGACUUUUGUAUUUUGGCAUGAUGUUCCAGGUAUUGUGGACCAUGAGACAAAAAUUAGUCUUUAUAUCUUAUUUUUAAAGAAGCAAUGUUGAUUUACUUUUCCCUAGUUGAAUGUGGUGAUUAGGUUUAAAGCUGUAUACUGUGUUUAUUGGUAGCAGUGACACCAAAGAUAGAGGCGAUGCCUAGAAAGUUUUCAAUUGGAAACAAAAAUGAACUAACACUACAUUUUCAGAGUCUCUUGUAAUUUUUAAGAUAUAAACAAAAUUUGAUUCACUUGUCUUACCCCACUAGUUUUUAAAAUGUCUUUGACACAUUGUACCUUUUAAUUCUCAUUAAAAUUGCUAUAAGUAGGUGUUUCAAAGUAAUUUAUAUUCCUGAUUAUGUUGAAUAGUUUACAUAUUUAUUGUUAAUUUUCAAACUGGAGUUUUUAAGUUUUUCCUCUCUGUCUGUCUCAUUUGUAGUUCUAUUGGAAUUAUUUUUGCUUCUUAUUCAGGAGUAAUUUUAAUGAAUCAUUUUAAUCCAUACAAAAAGGUAUUCUACUGACAUUUUAGUUAUAAAUAUUUAUAAUUUCCCUGGUUGUACUAUACCAGUAUUUAAAUAACCUAAAAUUUGAGUACCAUAUUUAACUAAUAGAUCUAAAUUUUCCUCCUGUGAAUGCAAGUUAGAUUUGCAUUUCCAAGACUUGUCUGUUUCCUUUUCGACAAAUGACUUCAGCUUUGGCAGAUAAUCUUAAGGGUGAUUAAUUCACAGGGACAUAUUUAAAGCUCUUUUCACUUGAGUUUAAAGUAUGUCAUUAUCAAAUAGUAAAGUUAAAAUUUUAAUUCAUGUGUCACAUUUUAAAUAUUUUUUAAUAAAACCUUGUUAGCUGUUAGAUUAUAAUCUUUUGUUCCAAUUUAAAUAUUAUGGUUUAAAUGAUAUACUUUCCUCUGAGUCAUAUUGUAUUUUCUUUUCAUUUUAAUAAGUUCAUGUUUACAACUAUAUUCCCAUUUUAAUUUUUGAUAUCUUCAUAUUAAAAUAUCAACAAAAUAUUUUUUAGUAUUCUUCUUACCCUUUAAGCCUAUCAGUGGUGAAAUUAAAAAAAAGUUACCAAUUUUACAAUGCAUAUAUAUUUUUUAUUAUGUAUUAGAGUGUAUAAAGAGUUAAAUGAGUGAUUGAUACUGAUUCUGUCUAAGUAUCUUGACUUGGUGCAAGUACUUGGUAGAAAAGUUCCAAUGAGAAUGAAGGACUGGUCUUUCAUCCUUGAAGUAGCAUGACAAGGGUAGAAAGAUGGGGCUAACAGGGAUCACAAAUAGUUUUGUUUUAAAUCCAUGCAAGUUGUGCUUCUAGAAAAUCUUUGCUGUGCGUGAUGAUGUACACAUUUAAUCCCAGCACUCAGGAGGUAAAGGCAGGCAGAUCUCUCUGAGUUUGAGGCCAGCAUGGUCUACAAUAGUGAGUUCCAGGCCAGCCAGGAUACAUAAUGAGACGCUGUCUCAAAAAACCAAACAACAACAAAAAGAAAUUUUCAUUGACAGCUGUUCAUAUUUUGAUGAAAUAGACUAACUUAUAAAACAAAGUAUCUGAAGAGUAAACAUCUAUGAAGGAAAUUUUUGGUUUAUUCCUUUUUUUAAGUUUGAGAAAUGUUUCUAUCAAAGUGACAACUAAAUGAGGCAAAAUGCGACUCUGCUCCUAUGCUGCAGUCCCCAUGCAUAAUUGAAUGUGAUAAUAUGUGAGUGCCCUGAAAUUACUAGGUGUGGCUUGUGCUUUGUGCUAAUACGAUUUUAUAGACUUUUGAUCUUCUGUCACUGUUACCUAUCACCCUCUACUUGGGGAAGGACAUUUUUCUAAUACAUGCCCAGAGAUGCCCUUCUUACUAAUUUCUUCUGGAACAUUUUUUCUUUCCUCUUUGCUUUUAAUACUUAAAGUGUUCAAUAAAUCAGCUUCAUUCAUUUCUAAUAUAGAGGUCUUUCAUGUGUGACAUCUGUCUCAUUGAACUUGAAAAUAUCCUUUGUCCAGUGCUUAAGUUUGUGUUAGAUUAAUGCCCUGCAUAAUAAACUGUUCAACUCUAA